CUCUCCUUCCCUCUUCCUCUCUGAAAUCAAUAAAAAUACAUUUUUUUAAAAAAGGAGUGAAAUAAAAGGUAUUUUCUUCCCUUAUACUUCACAGAUCCAAUUGCAAGGAAAUUGCUUUUCUGGACAGUCCAUAGCUAACAGACCCUCCCACAGUUCUGCUAUCUAUUUUUGUCACCAAGAUCUCUGGUCAGGUUUGAGCAGGACUAAGCCUGGCCUGGUGUGUAAUGAUUGGCCAGACCAGGCAGCUGAGACCAGUACGGCCUCCCUCCUUCACAUCUGUCAACAUACCUGGCUGCAAGCAAGUUACAGCCCGUGACCACUGUCUGCAGGAGCCAGAGAGAGUGGGGUAGGAAACGGAGGAGAACUCCUCAAUUUGGGGGAAAAGUGGAAGCCCAAUGCAGACGCUUCUUCCCAACAUCUGAAACUCUUCAGCAAGGAUUGGGACAAUCGUGGCUAUCACUGCAAAGUCAAGAAGGAAGCUGAGAAAAGACUAAUUUAAUUCCGCAAUCAAGGCUGGCACCCAUCCCAGUUCCUCCUCUGAGAUUCAGCAGAAGAUCCCGAUGGAGGAGGAUAAUACCCAGAAAGAGGAGUCCCAGGAGGAUGGAGCUAGUGAUGAGCAACACUUAGAUUCCAGCAACAUUAUGGCAGAGCAUAGCCAUGUGCAACAACAGCUGGAUUUACAGAAUGGUAGUUUAGAGGCACGCUUUGCGGCAAAUUCCCUUGAGAACGAUUCCCAAAACAUGAUGGAGAGCCUGAGCCCGAAGAAGUAUUCUUCCAGCCUGAGAUUUAAAGCCAACGGAGACUAUUCUGGCUCCUACCUGACCCUCUCACAGCCUGUGCCUGCGAAAAGAAGCCCUUCCCCUUUGGGGACCAGUGUCAGAAGUAGCCCCUCCCUGGCCAAAAUCCAGGGAAGCAAGCCAUUCUCUUGUGAUGGCACUGACAAGAAUAUUUCCAUGAAGCCUCCUCCCACUCCUUUACGCAGCACUUCACCCUCGGUCGGUGGAUAUCCACGUGGGAGAACGGACUUUGAUCAUUACACUGGCCGGGACAGUGAAAGGUCCUUGAGGCUUUCGGAGAAGCCUCCCUAUUCCAAACAUAGCUCCAGAAACAAAUCCCAUGACAACGUCUACUUCCUCGGAGGGCUGGAAAGCCGCAAGGCGUCCGGCUCCCUCCUGGCCAUGUGGAAUGGGAGCUCCCUGAGCGACACCAGCCCCUCUCCCAUCAGCAGAUCAGGGGCGGCGAGCAUGCCCUCAAGCCCAAAGCAAGCCAGAAAAAUGAGCAUCCAGGACAGCCUGACCCUGCAGCCCAAAUUGACCAGACACAAGGAGCCGGCAUCUGAGAACAUCGGUGUAAGAACUAGGAAGUAUUCGGGCAGCAGCCUGAGUCACAUGGGAGCCUACAGCCGAUCGCUGCCCAGGUUGCACAGGGCCACAGAGAACCAGCUGACGCCUCUCACGUUGCCUCCAAGAAACUCUCUGGGCAAUUCCAAACGAGCCAAGCCGGGGGACAAGGACCUACCUCAUAGCAUCAUAGACAACGACAAUUACCUGAAUUUUUCUUCUUUGAGCUCAGGCGCUUUACCCUAUAAAACCUCUGUGUCCGAGGGCAGUCCUUACGUAAGCUCCACCCUCAGUGUCCCGGGCAGCCCUCGCCUGGCGCGGAAGAUGCUUCUGGCCUCCACCUCCUCCUGUGCCUCUGAUGACCUCGAUAAGGCUUCCUACUCGGGGACCAGCUCCAAUCAUUCGUUUCCUCCUGGAGAGCCAGACAGAGUGUUCGUGGCCAGGAGGAACUUCUCUUGUGGGUCUGUCGACUUGGAUGAUGCAGAUUUGGAGAGCCUCAGACAGGCCUCAGGAACUCCCCAGCCUGUCCUUCGGGAGCGGAAAAGCAGCAUCAGUUCCAUUUCAGGACGAGACGACCUGAUGGAUUACCACCGGCGGCAAAGGGAGGAGAGACUCAGGGAGCAGGAGAUGGAGCGAUUGGAGAGACAGCGUCUGGAGACCAUCCUCAGCCUCUGUGCUGAAUACACGAAGCCUGACAGUCGCUUGUCCCUUGGCACCACCGUGGCAGAUGUGCAGAAAAUCAAUAAGGAGCUUGAGAAACUGCAGAUCUCUGAUGAGGAAUCUGUGUUUGAAGAAGCCCUGGUGAACCCCGAUGUCAGAUACAGGUGCCACCAGAAAGGCGCUGGCCACGAGGCGGACGUGGCAGUCUUCGGGAGCCUGAGUCAGAGCAGUGCCAGCUUCCUUUCCCCCAGGAGCGCCAUGAACGAGGAACUGCUCAGGGACCUCGCCAGGACUCCCCCACCACCCCCCUCUGCCUUUCUGAAAGCUUCCAACGAGUCCUCUUACCUAAGUAUCCUGCCAAAGACCCCAGAGGGCAUAAGUGAGGAACAAAGGAUUCAGGAGCUGGCUGCAAUGGAGGAGACCCGGAUAACAAUUCUGAACAACCUCGAGGAACUUGAACAAAAAAUCAAAGAUAUAAAUGACCAAAUGGAUGAAUCUUCCAGAGAGUUGGAUAUGGAAUGUGCUCUUUUGGAAGGGGAGCAGAAAUCUGAAACAGCUGAACUGAUGAAAGAGAAGGAGAUUUUGGAUCACAUAAACCGGAAGAUAGCAGAACUGGAAAAGAACAUUGUUGGUGAAAAGACCAAGGAGAAGGUAAAGCUUGAUGCUGAAAGGGAAAAACUAGAGAGGCUUCAGGAGCUUUACUCCGAGCAGAAGACCCAGCUGGACACUUGCCCUGAGUCCAUGCGGGAACAGUUACAGCAGCAGCUGAAGAGGGAUGCUGACCUGUUGGAUGUUGAGAGCAAACACUUUGAGGACCUGGAAUUCCAGCAGCUAGAGCAUGAGAGCCGUCUGGAUGAGGAAAAGGAGAACCUGACCCAACAGCUCUUGCGUGAGGUGGCUGAAUAUCAGCGGAACAUUGUUACUAGAAAGGAAAAAAUUUCUGCAUUGAAAAAGCAAGCCAACCACAUUGUCCAGCAGGCUCAGAGAGAACAAGAUCACUUUGUGAAAGAAAAGAAUAAUUUAAUAAUGAUGCUGCAAAGAGAAAAGGAAAAUCUUUGUAAUCUGGAAAAGAAAUACUCCAACCUCUCUGGGGGGAAAGGGUUUCCUGUCAACCCAAAUACUCUGAAAGAGGGCUAUAUCAGUGUAAAUGAAAUUAAUGAGCCAUGUGGCAAUUCCACGAAUCUAUCCCCUUCCACUCAGUUCCCUGCUGACGCUGAUGCUGUUGCCACUGGGCCUACCACAGCUGUACUGGUGAGCCAGCCACAAAAUAAAGAGCAAAGAUCACCUGUCUGUCCUGGAUUUAUGUUUCCUUCUACCCUUUCUCCUCAUCCUGUCACUCAACCUCCAUCAGCCCCUUGGCCUGAAGUCAUGGCUCCGUCUGUCAAUCCCUUCCCUUUAAAUGACACACCUCCUCCUCUGCCAGCUAAGAAACACAGAAGGCAGCAGCAGCAGGAGCAACAGCACUUUAGAAGUCUGGAAGAAAGGAAAAAACAGCAUAAAGAAGGCCUCUAUCUGAGUGACACUUUGCCUCGAAAGAAAAGCACUCCUUCCAUAUCCCCACACUUCAGCAGUGCUACUAUGGGGAGAAGCACCGCCCCGAAGGCUCACUUGCCCCUGGGACAGAGCAACAGCUGUGGCAGUGUGCUCCCUCACUCGCUGGCAACCAUGACCAAAGACUCAGAAUCUCGGAGGAUGCUCAGAGGGUAUAAUCACCAACAGAUGAGUGAAGGACAAAGGCAGAAAUCUUCGGAGUUUUACAACCGCACAGCAUCGGAAUCAAAUGUCUACUUGAACAGUUUCCACUACCCAGAUCACGGCUACAAGGACCAGGCCUUUGAUACUUUGAGCCUAGACAGCUCUGAUAGCAUGGAGACCAGCAUCUCUGCUUGCUCACCUGACAAUAUUUCUAGCGCCAGCACUUCAAAUAUUGCCAGGAUAGAAGAGAUGGAGAGACUUUUGAAGCAGGCUCAUGCAGAGAAGACACGUCUGCUAGAAUCCAGGGAACGGGAAAUGGAAGCCAAAAAACGAGCUCUGGAAGAAGAGAAACGACGCCGAGAACUCCUGGAAAAACGAUUGCAGGAAGAAACUAGCCAGAGGCAGAAGUUGAUUGAAAAGGAAGUGAAGAUAAGGGAGAAACAAAGGGCGCAGGCUCGACCUUUGACACGCUAUCUGCCUGUCCGGAAGGAAGACUUCGAUUUGCGGAGCCACGUGGAGACUGCUGGCCACAAUAUUGACACCUGUUAUCAUGUGUCCAUCACAGAGAAGACCUGCCGAGGAUUCCUCAUCAAAAUGGGUGGAAAAAUUAAAACUUGGAAAAAACGUUGGUUUGUUUUUGAUCGGAACAAGCGCACAUUCUCUUAUUAUGCAGACAAGCAUGAAACGAAAUUAAAAGGAGUAAUAUACUUUCAAGCCAUUGAAGAAGUGUACUAUGAUCACCUCAAGAAUGCUAAUAAGAGUCCUAACCCAUUACUCACCUUUAGCGUCAAGACACAUGACAGAAUCUACUACAUGGUGGCCCCAUCACCGGAAGCCAUGCGGAUCUGGAUGGAUGUCAUAGUUACUGGGGCAGAAGGCUACACUCACUUCAUGUUGUAGUGAACUGGAGCGACAGUCCACUUCAGGGCAGACGGCAAUAAUCUCUUACAAGAAUGAAGCCAUAUUGUAUCCCAGAUGGAAAGACCCUACAGACCCAUCCCUUUCACUGUGCAUACUCAUAACUCUUUUCAUAUUAAGAGGAAGCCAUUUGUAAAUGAGAAAGAAGGGAUUUUAGUUCAAAGCUUGAUCAUGAAUAGCAAAGGAAUCAAGCACCUGUGAGAAAGAAAAUACUAUUUUGGUAAUUAGCAUCACUUAGAGGAGCAUUUCUAAUAAACUAUUUUUUAUCAAUUGUUGAUCUUGGUGAACUAAACAGUUUACAAAAUGUACAUACUUGGAAAUAUGUGAUUACUCUAGCACCCAAAUCAUUGGUAUUGACAUUAUUGGUAUUACCUGGCUUUUUAAAAACAGGAGCAUUUUGCUGAAGGUUAUUAUAAAUAUGAGCGCACAGGGCCUUGGGGAAGAAUAUAUUACAGGAGGAACUUUUGCCCUAAUUUUUAAGUAUUGCACCAAACCAAAGACUUGACAUGACCUCUGUUUAAUGGUAGUAGUUUCAAGUGAUGAACUGCAUUUCGUGUUAUUCUACACUUUAAAAUGAUGCUUUGAUGCCAUCAAGUGCCCAGGCAGUUGACUUUGAAGAGUUGCCACCAGCAUAAGCUACUGUAUAUGUAUAGCAAACCAUUUUUUGUAAAAGAAGAAAGAACAGAAAGCUGUGUAUUUUAGAAAAAAACAGUCUUGGACAUAUUUUGUCACAUUGGGCAAUUAAAAUAAAAAGACUAUUUAAUAUUAGGAGCUUGUUUUCCUGAAGAUUUCUCCAUUCCCAGCACUGAAAAUACAGGUAACCAGUAGCCGAUUCCUUAGAUUGUUGGCUUUUCCUUUGUUACGGAGCACACCUGUUAAUUGCAGCCUCACAUGACAUAACUAUGAAAUCAGAUUUGUGGUUUUUUUUAACCAAAGAACAGACCAAUUAAAAUACUUAUUUACAGAAUGCUGUAGUUUUAUAAAAUAUCAAAUGAAGUUCAAUCAUGUUCUCUGAAAUGUACUAUUUUAUUAUGUAUCUCUUUACAAUAAGCCUUUGUUUCUUAGAGUUAAAUUAAUUUUUGGUUGAAUUAAAUGACUUCAGGCAAGUCUCUUUCAUAACAGUUUUUUAAAUGCCAUUUAUCCUGGUUUGUUAUGUUGUGUGUUUGUAAGUAUGAAUGUACUUUCCUAAAACGUGGCAAAUGAAUAGAAGUAGAAAAUAAUGACAUUACUUACUAGUGAAGGUGAAAUGAUUAGAAGUGUCCAUGAAAUGUUUGUCAGGCCUGACUGGGUACAAUUUUUUACAUUUGCAGUGUGCUUUGUGUAUAUGUAUACAUACUGCCAAUAAUAAGAUUUUGCAACUGGAUGACACAUGAUUUUACUUGAACAGUAGAGGACAAAAUCACGAUUGCAGGAGACAUUUUUAUUAUCUGGGUUUGUUUUUUCAGAGAUCACCCUUAAAUCUUGUAAUGAUCUAAAAAAGUGAAUAUAAUUGCUUAAAUUUUCUUGGUUUAAUGUAAAGAUACAACUUUUUUGUACUGUACUCUCUGCAUAGGAUUGUAAAGAUAUUCUAAUCAACUUUAUAUCUUGCAUGAUGUAGUAAACCUUUUAAAAAUGUGUGUCAAAAUGUGUUGAGUUUGGAUUAAAAUGUUGACCAGA